AUGGCGAUAACUUAUUCUAGCGCAGUUGCGACUGCAUCAUAUGGCGCAUUUUUCCGCCUUCUUUGCCGCUGGAAAGGGAGUAUAUAUAAACUCAUAUGGGUUGAUUUACUUGUCUUCUCCGUCCUGUACUCUACCAUCGCUUUGGUUUAUCACCUAUCCCCGAUAUCCUCACCGAGUUUACUCGAAAUGCACAAACAGAUACGAAAUUUUUUGGAUUAUGUUAAAUCGAUGUCAAAUUCUUUGCCCAUAUCUUUUAUUUUGGGUUUUUUCGUUACCCUUGUUGUCAAUCGUUGGAUAGAUCAGUUCAAUUACCUGCCCACGUCAGAUGGUGUAGGUUUGUUAACCUGUGCUUAUAUACAGAUUCCAAUUCGUAAAACCGAUGAGGUGACGGUCAUUCGUCAAAGUAUUGCACGGUACGUGAACUUGGCAGCCGUCUUAUGUUUUCAAACCAUUGCCCCAAAUGUGAGAAAGGUGUAUGAAAAUACGCAAAAUUAUAUUACGAGUGGCCUAAUGACCGAAAAGGAGCAUGAAUUUUUCGGACAAGUUGAUCCUCGCUACCAUCCUUUCUACGUACCUCUCAUGUGGGCAAUCACCAUCAUUAAACGUGCCAAGGUCCAUGGCUACAUUACGCAUGAAAGGCAUAUGAAUGCACUUAUUGAUGAGAUUUUGAAAUUUCGUCGUUCAUUAUUUGCUCUUCUUAAUUACAACAGCGUUCCGAUACCCCUUGUUUACACUCAAGUAGUGAAUAUUGGUGUGUACGCGAUCUUCGUAAUCUCCCUCGUGGGCAUGCCCCAAAUCUUGCUGAACUCCACUUCCGGUCCUGCUAACCCGUCAUCGGGAUUGCCAGAGCCCAUCCUCUAUGUGCCUGUCUUUUCUCUUCUCGAAAUCGCCUUCUACUUGGGUUGGCUCAAGGUUGCUCAGUCCCUCCUAAAUCCAUUCGGUGAUGAUGAUGAGGACUUUGAUUUACUUCCCUUGAUGGAACGCAAUCUAGCUAUAAGUCUGUGGAUGGUGGAUCUGCGUCACGGUAUGCCAGCGCAGUCACCACAUGCGAAACCGCAGGAUAUCAGCCGUCUGCGAAGCCUCUCAUUUACCAAACCAACUGAUACCCUGUUCUUUCGCCAAUAUGGCUUUGUAACCUUGGACGCCGAUCCUUUAAGCGAGUUGCUUGCAUCAGCUGCGCAACUAGACGUACCGGGAACACUGGCCUCUGCAAGAAUGAAUGAUACUCCCGAGGGCGGUCCUCAUCACGGUUCUGCCGCUAUUGCGUUUGAAAGGAAAGAAAGUCGACGAAUGAGUUUUGGAUUAGAGGAACCAUUAAGGCGAACAUCAUCGAGCAUGGCGGUAAGAUAUUUGGAUUUAUGCUCAAUAGAUUAG